AUGCGACCGGACUGUAUCGUCUCCGAUAUGUUCUUCCCGUGGACACUCGAUCUCGCUGAUGAAUUGGGAAUCCCUAGAUUAGCCUUCCGUGGUACUAGUUAUUUCUCACUCUGCGCCGAGCAUUGUGUCCGAACCUAUCAACCCCACAAGAACUCCAUAAACUCUGAUGCUGUUGAUAUAGUUUCGCUGCCUGGUUUGCCUCAUAAGAUAGAAAUGCUGAUUUCGCAGCUACCGGAUUGGCUCAGAACGACUACGCAUUUCACACAUUUAAUGGAACCCAUUACAGAGGCAGAGGAAAAGAGCUACGGUAUUCUCAUGAAUAGCUUCCACGAGCUCGAAAAGGCUUACGAGGAGCAUUUUCCGACUACCAUAGGAUUGAAAUCAUGGAGUUUGGGACCGGUUUCUUUAUGGGCAAAUCAGGAUCUCUCUGAAAAAACAGAGAGAUGUAAAAUCUCCGGCAGCGAAGAUCGUCUCGAGGUCAUAGAUUGGCUCAAUUCCAAACCUCAAAAUUCGGUUCUUUACGUCAGUUUCGGAGGACUAACAAAGCUACCAGCAAACCAGCUCAACGAGAUCGCUAAUGGACUUGAAUCUUCGGGUCACACAUUCAUCUGGGUAGUCCGGAAAAAGGAAAACGAUGAAUACGAACAGGCUUUUCCAAAGGGUUUCGAAGAGAGAAUGAAGGAAAGCGGAAAUGGAUUUAUCAUCAAGGGUUGGGCACCGCAGAUGGUGAUUCUGGACCACCCUGCAAUCGGUGGAAUGGUGACGCAUUGCGGUUGGAAUUCGAUGCUUGAAGGGUUGAAUUCCCGGUUGCCGAUGAUCACUUGGCCCAUGUUUGCAGAGCAAUUUUUCAACGAGAAGCUUCUGGUUGAUGUGCUGAGAAUUGGAGUGGCUGUGGGAGUGAAGGAGUGGAGAGAUUGGGGAAAUGAAGGAGGAGGUUUGGUUGUGAAGAGAGAGGAGGUUGAGAAAGCGGUGAGGUUGUUAAUGGGUGGAGGAGAAGAAGCUGUGGAUAUGAGGAAAAGGGUUAGUAAGCUUCAAGAUGAAGCAAAGAAAGCUGUGGAGAUUGGAGGUUCUUCUUAUUCCAGUCUCUUGGCUCUAAUCGAUGAGCUCAAGACCUUGAAGAAGUUGAAGAAUUAA